CCCCACUAAAAACUGUCCUCCAUCAACUUCAUUAAUCUCUCCAUCCAAUACCUAGAACAUGGAAGUUCUUUUGGGAAUCACCGGGAAAGACUUCGUCCUACUUGCUGCAUCCAAUGCUGCUAUGCGUGGGGUGACCAUUCUCAAAGCAGAAGAUGAUAAAACCAGGACCUUAAACCCACACACUCUGAUGGCGUUCUCGGGAGAGGCGGGAGAUACUGUUCAAUUUGCGGAAUAUAUUCAAGCCAAUGUGCAGUUGUAUGGGAUGAGGAAUAACUCUAAAUGGCAACUGUCUCCUAGUGCUGUUGCUAGCUUUGUGAGGCGCCAGCUUGCGAAGAGUUUGAGGAGCCGGAACCCCUACUACGUUAACCUUCUUAUCGGAGGAUUCGACUGUACUACUGGGAAACCUCAUCUCUACUGGCUGGACUACCUAGCAUCAUCCGCGGCCGUACCUUAUGCUGCUCAUGGAUAUGCUCAGUACUAUUGUCUGUCGAUUCUGGAUAAGCAUCACCACCCUGACAUCACCUUGGAAGAGGGAAUUAAGUUGAUGAGGAUGUGUCACGAUGAGUUGAUCAAGAGGUUGCCGAUAGACUUCAAGGGAUUGACGGUAAAAGCUGUUACGGAGAACGGUGUAGAGGUUGUGCAGAUUUAGGGUUCUGUGCAUAGAUGGUUCGCGUUAUUGUUGAAUGUAGAAACUUUAAUCGCGGAUUGAAUGACCCUGUUGAUAUCUGAUGCGCGUUGAUCUCUCCGGCUCUGGUUGUUUAAUGUACUCGAGUACAAGUCCAGAUGCAAUCAUGAUCUAACGAGCUAUGGAA